GCCCGUUUUUUAUUUUGCAUCUGUCACGAACGCUUUUUAGUUUUUUGGAUAUAAAAAACGGAAAAGCGUUUUUUAAAAGGUUUAUUGGUCUCAAUAAACCCUUUUUGAUAGUUUAUUAAUCUAAGACUAUUUUUUACAGUGUGUCAACUAUCUUGCUGAAUAUAAUGUUUAAUAGAUGUUUGACGACGAUAUGAUUUUAAGAGAAUAGCUUUUCUUCUUCUUUAUUGAUAUGAGAAGUCAAAUUCUUACAAAUGAGCCGAAAAGUUGCUUUCAACACUGAAAAUUUUCGCUUCAGAAUUUCUUCUGCCUUUCUUUUAAAUCAUCCUGACAGCACCAUUAGUUCUUCUUACUGGCUGUGUGUACUUGCAUGAUGUGUCUUCCAUCCAAUCAGCAUCACUCAUGACCAUAAUGAUACCGUUCAGAUACUUGUCUUUUGCUAUUUUGCGUUUCUAGGGUAAAUUUAUUCGUAUUCAUUUUGGAACCCAAGGUAAAAUUGCCGGUGCUGAUAUUGAAGUGUAUCUGUUAGAAAAAGCUCGUGUCAUCUUUCAACAACCACUUGAACGAAACUAUCAUAUUUUCUAUCAAUUGUGUUCAAAUGCAUUUCCUGAAUAUCACAAGGAAAUUUUAAUCGUAAAUGAUCCGGGCAAAUACCACUAUGUUGCUCAAGGCAAAUUGACAAUUGAUGGAGUUGAUGAUGCUGAGGAAAUGAAAAUAACUGAUGAGGCCCUCGAUAUUCUUGGUUUUACCAAAGAAGAAAAAUUGAACAUGUACCGAUGCACAGCGGCUAUAAUGCAUUUUGGUAAUACAACAUGGAAACAACGUCCACGUGAAGAACAAGCUGAAGCAGAUGGGACGGAAGAUUGUGAAAAAGUUGCUUUCCUUUUGGGUGUUCAACCAGCAGAUCUCAUUAAAGGCUUGUUAAAACCACGUAUUAAGGUCGGUACUGAAUAUGUUAAUAAAGGUCAAAAUAAAGAUCAAGUAGUAAAUUCAAUUGGUGCUUUAUCAAAAUCAAUUUAUUAUCGUAUGUUCUGUUGGCUUGUUGAACGUGUCAAUGUAACUUUAGAUGUUAAAGCAAAACGUCAAUAUUUCAUUGGUGUUUUGGAUAUUGCCGGCUUUGAAAUUUUCGAUUUUAAUGGUUUCGAACAAUUAUGUAUUAAUUAUACAAACGAACGUCUUCAGCAAUUUUUUAAUCAUCAUAUGUUCGUACUGGAACAAGAAGAAUAUAAAAAAGAAGGAAUUCAAUGGGAAUUUAUCGAUUUUGGCAUGGAUUUACAAGCCUGUAUCGAUUUAAUUGAAAAACCUAUGGGUAUCUUAUCCAUUCUUGAAGAAGAAUGUAUCGUACCAAAAGCAACAGAUAAAACAUUUGUAGAAAAAUUGUACAAUAAUCAUCUUGGUAAACAUCCACAAUUUGGUAAACCAAAACCAUCAAAAGGCAAAGCUGAAGCACAUUUUGAAAUUCAUCAUUAUGCUGGUUCUGUUCCAUAUACAGCAACAAGUUGGAUAGAAAAAAAUAAAGAUCCAAUUAAUACAACGGUUGCUGCUCUAUUUUCCAAAUCAAAAAAUCCAAUGUUGUGUCAUUUGUAUGCUGAUGUAGCAGCUGAAGAGGAUGAAAAAGCUGCCGGAAAGGGAGGCGGUGGAAAGGGAAAGAAAGGUGGUAGUAUGCAGACGAUUUCGGCUACUCAUAGAGAACAAUUGAAUAAACUGAUGGUGAAUUUGAGACAAACUCAUCCACAUUUUGUCCGUUGUAUCAUCCCGAAUGAAGUGAAAACUGGAGAUUCACAUUUGGUUCUCCAUCAACUUCAUUGUAACGGUGUCUUGGAAGGCAUUCGUAUCUGUCGUAAAGGUUUUCCUAAUCGUAUAAUCUAUUCUGAAUUUAAACAACGUUAUAGUAUCUUAGCACCCAAUGUUAUACCAAAGGGCUUUGUUGAUGCGAAAAAGGCGACAGAAGAUGUCUUAAAAGAUAUUAGUUUGAGCGAUGAAUUGUAUCGUUGUGGUCUCACAAAAGUAUUUUUUAAAGCUGGUGUUCUCGGUCAGUUGGAAGAUAUGCGUGAUAUAGCCCUAAGUAAAAUUAUUGCCACCCUACAAGCACAAAUUCGUGGUUAUGUUAUGCGUAAAGCAUACAAAAAAAUGUUAGAUCAACGACUGGCUCUGUCUGUUUUACAACGAAAUAUUCGAAAAUAUAUUGGUAUCAGAAACUGGCCAUGGUGGAAAUUAUAUACCAAAGUGAAACCAUUGUUGAGUGUUGCUCGACAAGAAGAAGAAAUGAAAAAAUUGGAGGAAGAAUUUGCCAAAUUGAAAGAAUCAUUAGAAAAAGAGGAAAAACUACGAAAAGAAACGGAAGAACAAAAUGCAAAAUUAAUUAAAGAUAAAAAUGAUAUUUAUUUAUCGUUGGAAGCUGAGCGAGCUAAUACGAGUGGUGCCGAAGAACGUUUACAAAGACUAGUUUCACAAAAAGCCGAUUUAGAACAACAGGUCAGAGAUAUGGAAGAACGUGUCAACGAAGAAGAAGAAGCCUCAGCUGAAUUACAGAAUAAACGUAAAAAAUUGGAACAUGAUAUUGACGGAUUGAAAAAAGAUAUUGACGAUAUGCGAUUAAAUUUACAAAAAGCCGAAAAUGAGUGUAAAACGCGUGAUAAUCAAAUUCAUACUCUGCAAGAUGAAAUGGCACAACAAGAUGAAACCAUUGCUAAAUUGACUCGCGAAAAGAAACGUCUGGAAGAACAAAAUACAAAAACUACCGAAGAAUUACAGGCCGAAGAAGACAAAGUAAAUCAUUUGAAUAAAUUAAAAGUCAAAUUGGAACAAACAUUGGACGAUUUAGAAGAUUCAUUAGAACGUGAGAAGAAGAGCCGAGCCGAUCUGGACAAGUCGAAACGAAAGUUAGAAACUGAUUUGAAAUCAUCACAAGCAAAUAUGGAAGAUCUUGAACGUAUUCGACGUGAAUUGGAAGAAAACUUGAAACGUAAAGACCAAGAAAUGCAACAGAUGGGUAGUCGUUUAGAAGACGAACAAGGUCAAGCAACAAAUUUAGGAAAGAAAAUUAAAGAAUUACAAGCAAGAAUUGAAGAAUUAGAAGAAGAAUUAGAAAACGAGAGACAAGCAAGAGGAAAAACAGAAAAACAACGAGCAGAUUUGGCACGUGAAAUUGAUGAAAUGAAUGAUCGUCUAGAAGAAGCGGGAGGAGCAACAUCGAGUCAAGUUGAAAUGAACAAAAAACGUGAAGGUGAGCUAGCUAGAUUGAGACGUGAUUUGGAAGAAGCCAACCUUCAACAUGAAGCAACAGCGGCACAACUAAGAAAGAAACAUCAAGAUGCAGUGAAUGAAAUGGGAGAUCAAAUCGAUCAAUUACAAAAAUUGAAAAAUAAAUUAGAAAAAGAGAAACAACAAGUUAAAACGGAAAUCGAUGAUUUACGUACACAAAUUGAUUAUGUUACCAAAGGAAAAUUGGCUGCUGAAAAACUAUCCAAACAAUUAGAACAACAAUUGAACGAAAUGCAAGUAAAACUCGAUGAUUAUCUUAAACAAGUCAACGACUUCAAUCAAAUAAAAUCAAAAUUACUAGCAGAAAAUUCCGAACUAUCCAAACAAUUAGAAGACGUUGAACAUCAAGUCGGAUCUUUGACAAAAGCCAAAGUCAGUUUACAAGCACAAGCUGAUGAAGCUAAACGUGCUUUAGAAGAAGAAUUAAGAUCAAAAAAUUCUAUGAACUCACAAUUGCGUAAUCUAACAGCCGAUCUAGAUCAAGCACGAGAUCAGUUAGAUGAAGAACAAGAAGGCAAAUCUGAGUUACAACGACAAGUGACAAAAUUGAGUGGUGAAAUGCAACAAUGGCGUGCUAGAUUUGGAGCAGAAGGAAUGGCAAGAUCAGAAGAAUUAGAAGAGGCCAAACGUAGAUUAGCAGCCAAAUUAUCCGAAGCCGAAGAACAAGUUGAAGGAGCAUUAAGCAAAUGCAAUGCGUUAGAAAAAGUAAAAGCUCGUUUACAAGGUGAAGUUGAAGAUUUGAUGGUCGAUGUUGAACGCGCAAACGCAAAUGCAUCCGCCAUGGACAAAAAACAGAAACAAUUUGACAAAUUGAUCAAUGAAUGGAAACAAAAGUGUGAAGAUAUCACCGUUGAAUUAGAAAUAUCACAAAAAGAAGCUCGUCAAUAUUCAACUGAAUUGUUCAAAUUAAAAACACAAUACGAGGAAUCACAUGAACAAAUUGAAGCAUUGAGGAAAGAGAACAAGAAUUUGGCGGAUGAACUUAAAGAUCUUAUGAAUCAAUUAGGUGAAGGUGGUAAAUCUGUCCAUGAACUGGAUAAAGCACGAAAACGUUUGGAAUUGGAGAAGGAAGAGCUACAAGCUGCUUUGGAAGAAGCUGAAUCGGCUCUUGAGCAAGAAGAAGCCAAAGUUAUACGUACACAGAUGGAAUUGUCCACAGUAAGACAAGACAUUGAUCGUCGUAUUCAAGAGAAAGAAGAAGAAUUUGAAAAUACCAGACGUAAUCAUCAACGUGCUUUGGAUUCAAUGCAAGCUAGUUUAGAAGCUGAAACUCGAGCAAAAACCGAAUCACUCAAACAAAAGAAAAAAUUAGAAUCCGACAUCAAUGAAUUAGAAAUUGCAUUGGAUCAUUCAAAUCGAUCAAAUGCUGAUUUGCAAAAAUCAUUGAAAAGAAUGCAACAAUCCAUGGUCGAAUUGCAAGCACAAGUUGAGGAAGAACAACGUGAACGUGACGAAGCACGCGAAGCGGCUGCAGCAGCUGAACGACGGGCUAAUUUGAUUGUUGGUGAACUCGAAGAAUUGCGUACAGCUUUAGAACAAGCUGAGCGUGCACGAAAAGCAGCCGAAAAUGAACUAAACGAUGCAGCUGAUCGCAUCUCAGAAUUAAGCACACAAAACGCCACACUAUCAUCACAUCGACGUCAACUCGAAUCAACGGUGGCUGCCAUGCAAGCUGAUCUUGAUGAAGCUGUGGCUGAAUUGAAGAACAGUGAAGAACGAUCGAAGAAAGCUGGUGCCGAUGCUGCACGUCUGGCUGAAGAAUUACGUCAAGAACAAGAGCAUGCAUUGCAUGUUGAACGUUUAAGAAAAGGUCUUGAACAACAAAUCAAAGAUCUUCAGACACGUCUGGAUGAAGCUGAAGGCAAUGCGCUUAAAGGAGGAAAACGUAUCCUUGCUAAGUUGGAACAACGAAUUCACGAAUUGGAAGGCGAAACUGAAAUGGAACAACAUCGUCAUCAAGAAACGCUCAAAGAACUGCGCAAAACUGAUCGACGUCUGAAAGAAUUAGCAUUCCAGACGGAAGAAGAUCAUAAAAAUCAAUUGCGUUUACAAGAUUUAGUGGAAAAAUUACAGAAUAAAACAAAAGUAUAUAAACGACAGGUUGAAGAAGCAGAAGAAAUAGCUUCAUUGAAUUUAGCCAAAUAUCGUAAAGUGCAAGCAGAAUUAGAGGAUUCCGCUGAAAGAGCUGAUGUUGCUGAAAAUCAAUUAUCAAAAUUACGUUCUAAGAAUCGAUCAACGGUUUCUGUUGGCCGAUCAUCACCAUCGCGUGACUUUCGUGAAGGCACACGACAACCAACAAAUACAAUGACCGGGACUACAUUGCCGGGACCAACCGGGAUCAAUCUGGUCCCGGUCAUGAUAUUUGCUAAAUUAAUUGAUAAUAAAGGCCUUUGA